AUGGCGACGCCGCUAGGCCCCGGGAUCGUGCAGUACCUCCCCGCUUUGGCUGCGGGGUCUCUCCCCAUCGGCGCCAUGUACCUGCGGUGCCUCUCCAGGGCCAUGAGCAUCCCGGGAGCCACGAGCAUCCCGGGAAUGUCGGCACCAGGCAGGUGCUGGGCAUCGUGCCCCUACAAAGCCGUGAUCUUUGACGUGGGCGCCGUGCUCCUGCCGGCCCCUCACAGGGUGGCUGCAGACUGGGAGGUCCAGAAUUGUAUUCCAGCUGGCACCGUCCAACAAGCUGUACUUGCUGGAGGGGAAAAUAGUCCCUCUCUGAAGUACACCAGAGGAGAGCUGUCGACUGUGGAGUUUUUGCAGGAAUUUGGACAGCAGUGCUUUGACAUUGCAAAUGUUUCAGUUCCAGUGGAUUCCUUUCUCUUGCACUUAAUCAGAAAGGAGAUGAUAAAACAGCUCCCCAUAAUGGCAGAAGCAGUACAGUGUAUUCGUGCGGAAGGUCUGAAGACAGCUGUUCUAAGCCACUACUUCUGUCUGCUGAAUGAAGAGAGCGUUCUGCCUCUAGAUGGAAAGCAGUUUGAUGUGAUAGUUGAAACUCGCCGCGAGGGAAUGUCCAAGCUGGAUCCUCGCAUCUACAAGCUCUGCUUGGAGCGCUUGGGUGUUCAGCCCCACGAGUCCAUCUUCCUUGAUGACAUCAGCCAGAACCUAAAGGCAGCAGCCCAGCUUGGCAUUAAAACAGUGAAGGUUGUUGAUACAGCAGGAGCUCUCAGAGAGCUGGAAGCCUAUCUGGGUUUUCCUUUGCAAGGCUUCGUUCCGUAUACUCGUUCAGUGAGACCAACCACGGACAUACCAAAAAAUCGUCUCCAAAAGUACCUUGAACAUGUCCUUGGUGGCCAGACAACAGGUCCACUGGUGUUACGGCAGUUUGGGCACAGAGAGCCUCCCCUCACCUACUACGUCAAGCUUGGAGAUCGCUCGCUGGUGCUGAAGAAGGAGCCCCCUGACGACCUGCUCCCCACGGGUCCCGCUGUCACCAAGGAGUGCAGGGUGCUGAAGGCGCUCGCUGAGGCCGGUGUUCCUGUGCCCACUGUACUUGCUCUCUGUGAGGACAGCAGGCCUGUGUGGGUGUGGAAAGCUGCUUGGGAUCCUCCAUCUCUUCUUGUGCCUAUCCCUCUUGCUGAGAGCCUCCAUUCCCUUGUUGCAGGUGGUUACAUUCAGCAGCAAGUUCAGACCUGGACAAAGCAGUAUCGAGCUAUGGAAACGCAGGUUAUCCCAGCUAUGGAGAGGCUCAUCGCGUGGCUGCCUCUGCACUUCCCUGAAUCCCAGAAGACAGCAGUGGUGCACGGUGACUUUAGGCUGGAUAACCUGAUUUUUCAUCCAGAGAGGCCAGAAGUCCUUGCUGUUCUUGGCUGGAAGUUUUCAACUCUAGGAGAUCCCAUCUCUGAUGUGGCAAAUAACUGCAUGGCCUACUUCCUGCCACCUCCCUUUGGUACACUGCGAGCUGUUAAACUUGGGAACUUCUUUUCCAGAGGAAUGACAAGAACCAGAUCUUCCUUGGGUGGAGGAAUGAGCUGUGGGCUAAGCCAGACCAGAACAAUUUUGCCCAGGAAGCUAUACAACUGGAAUUUCUACAUGGCCUUUGCCUUCUUCCGCCUGGCCGUGAGGCUGCAGGGGCUCCACAAACGCUCCCUGAGAGGCCACGCGAGGCCAGCCCCAGGGGAGAGCUGCCAGGAGCAUGCAGAGCUCGUGGCUGACCUGGCUUGGGAUUUUGCCAUAAAAGAAGGAUUCCGUGUGUUUAACCGCCUCCCCACCACGAAGCCUUUCAUGCGACCGUACAGUACGCGAGCCAGGCUUGGGCCGUCCUUCAGCAGAAGUUAUGUUACCCAGCCAUGUCCUGGGACAGCUCAUGGCUCUGGAGCAUCACUGCUCUCCCUGUGGGAAAGACGGUGUCCAUUCUCCUUGCUCCAGACGUCCGUGGAGCAGAGCGGCGCUGACCCCCAUGUGGCCCAUCGUGGCCUCCCUGGAGGCAGCUGCGCGGCCGGCCUCGGCGCCAGGCAGGAGGCUGGAGCCGCCGUGCUGGCCUGGCAGUGCUGGGGGUCUCUGAACUUCAGUGGUGUCACUGCUAUCUGGUUCCAGUGCCUUCACUGCCAGGCCCAUUAA